AUGUGUUCAACACUCCCAAUUAUCAAACUGGGGCACCUCAUGAACGUUCCCCACGUCCCGUAUCGCCUCGAGAUGAACUACAAGGCCUUAUUCUGCACUUACCCCAGAAACGACGUCACCGGCGACAGGUCCUCUUUCCGGCUAUUUCUGAAGAAGUUGUUGUGGCCUUCAGCCUUCCCUGUCCUCGUCUGCACACUUUUUCCUACCUUGGCUGGCUGGAAAUCCAAGGGCAUCGCCGCGCUCUUUCCGGGGAUUGUUGCAGCACCCUUGUUCCUCCUCACCAGCACCAUUCCAAUCAUUGAGCAGGCUGAAGACGAGAACCACCUCCCGCAUCGCAAGUCGCAUGAACUUAAUCGUCCCAGUCGUCCACGUUGGGACUCGGAACUUCCAGCCCCACCACCACAUCUGGACCCUGGCACCAAGGCCACGUCCGCUUACAAUUCCCGCGAGCUUCCACCCCGCCCUCUCCCCAGCUCAUGGUGUCCCUUGUCCUCCUCAGCUUCUUAG